UCAUGGCAGGGCCAUUUAAUGGCUCGGAGAGGCCGCAACGUCAAUGCUUCAUCAUCUCCAUUUUCAUAGCAGAGAUGGAAGCUCAUCUAAUGGUUGGAAACAUCUACUAGACGGUCCCAAUAGCUCAGGGUCUUGUACGGCCUGCCCUCGAAGAGGAAAAGAGUAUUCUCGCCCCGGAUCUCCAACUCCAUUCGAAUUUGGGCUGCCAAGCAAAACAUCCGUCAUUUCAUGAGGCACAGAUUACACCUUUUUGACAAGGCCCGAAUUGGCGUGGUCAAAGCAUCGAAAAGCCGGGCUAACAACAAACGGGAGUAAUUUCACGGUCUCCCAAGAAGCCACAGCUUCCUCAGCUCUGACAAGCAGCAACACUCUUGUGUUUCUUCCAAUGCCUCCCCGCAAUUAUGUCAUGUAUCAUGGUUCUACCGAAUCCAGGACCCUCCGUAAUUUGGAUGCUAGUCCCUGCUCUCCGGGCAUCACCUAGAUGGCUGCGACUGGUGUUGAGUAUUAUAUAGCCUCGAUCCUUCUCUGUCGCAGUCAGUCAUGACUCUCACCGGCAGUCUUUGGUGCCUAACCUUGUUGACCGACAUAUCAGCUCUUGUUUCCUUCAAGAUCUUGACACCAAUUAGUUCAUCUAGACUCUUGCAGGUCGGGUUAUUAAACAACACUCCCGGUCGUAUUUAUUUUUUCUCUUGAUUUUGGCACUUGCCUCGUCCAUUUUCUUUGGAAUUCACCUGGCCUCUCAAAUCCCUCAUCAUGAGCUCGUCGCGCAAGUCGCGGAUUGCUUCGAGCAUGUCUAAUGUCAUGUUCACGAAUGCAGUUUACUUUCCUAACUACCGGAUAUACCAGGGAGAUACUCCAGGAAUGCUCAACUACAGUUGUAUCAACCAUGUUUACUAUGCCUACGCCAGUGUUUCAGCCGACGGCGGUGUUUUCCUAAGUGAUGAGUGGGCGGAUGCUGGUGCACCUGUUGACGGUGUACAAGGAGGACUAGGGUCUCUCAUGCACCUCAAGCAGAAGCAUCCCCAUCUUCGAGUUGUUCUGUCAAUCGGGGGUGGCAACUCCUCGGAAAUUUUCCCCCUGGUGGCAUCUAGCACUCUCUUACGUGACAAUUUUGCUAGAUCAGCUAAGGGGCUUGUUGAGGCAUCAGGUCUGGAUGGAAUCGACAUUGCAUGGGAAUACCCGUGUGAUGUCCAACAAGGCUACGACUUUCUUGCACUUCUAGCCGCUGUCCGCAUUCAUCUACCAGAGGAGCAUUAUGUACUCACCGCUGCACUUCCUGCAGCCAAGUCCAUCUUACAGUUCCUUGAUCUAAUGGAGAUCGCCGAAUACUUGGACUUUAUCAACUUGAUGGCCUACGAUUUCUUUGGUUCGUGGACUCCAAAGGCUGGGCAUCAUGCUCAACUAUAUGCUAUGGACAAAGAAGAAACCUCAGCUUCUUCAGGGGUUUCUUAUCUCAUGUCCAAGGGAUUUCCCCCUAAGAAGAUUCUGCUUGGUAUUCCAACUUUUGGACGAAGCUUCCUUCACUGCACAGGAGUAGGACACAAAUACAAGGGCGUGGGUGGUGCGGAAGACGGCACAUUUGAGUACAAUCAACUACCACGCAAGGGAUGCAAAGAGGUUGUCGACAAACGCCAUGUUGCAGCACACUGCACCGGGGCAGAUGGCGGAUUUGUGACGUACGAUAACCCGGAUACUGUUAAGAUCAAGGCUGGUUUCUGCAAGCAAAAGGGACUGGGAGGUCUCUUUUACUGGAACGGUCCUGCUGAUUCCAAGGACAAGUCUAGGAGCUUGGUUGCGGCUGGCUUUCGCGCUCUUCAUUCGUCCUGAAGUCUUUACCAGUCCUUUGACCACAUCCUGCAUUUUGCAUAUAUGGGAGUGAUACGGCUUUCAUUUUUCGGUAGAUGGGCAUCUAACGGCGUUAUUUGAUCAUGUUCGAUUCAAUUUUCUACCUUGGAUUUAUGUAAAAGCGUUUACAUUACGAAGGUAUGCAAGGAAACCGGGGAUUCUGCUGGAAAGAGUCAAAAAAUAGAGGCAAGAAUAUGCCAUCGGGAGAAUAUAUAUAUAUACAAUAGACGGGAACGGCGUUUUUGGGGGCAGUCAAACAAAGGCACUGGAUGCCUGACUCCCUUCAUACAUAAGCUAAUGACUCACUGCCUGCUAA